AUGGCUGAUCUGUCAAAAAAAGCAGACAAAAUGGUACUUGAUUUUAUACAAGUUUCAAAUGAAUGUAUACCGGAACUUGUUAGGAAAAAUCAAGAAACUCAACAUGAACAACAACUAAUUGAUCAACCAAUUCCAUUAAAUAUAGAAGAUGAAUUAAUUAUGGAAGUUCAAUCACCAUCAUCAUCAUCUGAUAUUGAUCAAUCACCAGAAGAUGUUUUACCACCAAUUAAAUCUCCAGUCGAUCAUAAUUCACGAGAUAAAUCAGGUAUGUUAAAGAAAUAA